UCUUCAGCAUCAGACCAUCCCCGUCAAGCAGCCUAUGAUCAACCCUUUUCACCUUCGGCUCAAGUAUCGUCAGUCGAGCUAUCAAUUACUGUUGCACAAACCCUGCCAUUACCUGAUGCCAUGUCGGUGACGAUUUCUGAUGGAGCUGAGUCCGCACUUCUCCCAUCGCCACCUGAUUUGAAAAGCAUGUGCCCACCAAGUCCGAUUUUUGACACCCCAGGCCAACUUUCUGCGCUGCAAGAACGAGGCGAGACCCCAUUCUCUUCCAGUGGUUCACGCCGGGAAUACAGAAGUAGGCAUUGGUCUGAGAAUUGGCUAGAUGAUGAUUUGAGAGUCGACAGUCCUGUCUCAGACUCGUCACAAUUGCAGGCUCGAGACAACUCAUUGGAGAAGGAGCAAGCACGUAUCAAGUCAGCUGAGGAAUAUCCGUGCCCAUGCAUAGAUCCAAACUCCAUCGAGCGGAAGAAGUCGCAAAGGAACAAUAAACGCUCUAGUCUACAGAAGGGAGUCAAUGGUCUGUUGCGGUCACUCUCUAUAUCAAGCCGACGAGACAGCGGGAGAGGUCGAGGUCGCUGGUCUAGACCUCAAGAAAGGCAACUUGCGAUCCAAGCAACACCAUACCAGAUGUACAGCGAUCAGAUCUGGUCGACCAAAAAGACCAAGAAGAAGAGUCGAGAUGACAAAGCGAGCCAUAAGCGGGGUAAGUCGAUGGAUCUCGUCACAGCUUAUCAGAGUGGACAGAGCCAAUUCGUCAAUGUGCUCGAGGGGGCCAAGCAGAGAUUGACCAGGAGGACAUCACAACGGCGGCGAAGAAAACUGAAGCAGAGUAUCACGGUGGUAGGACUAGCUCAGACGGCGACGACGGCGAAUGGUAAAUAUGGGCAUGGGCAAGGGCGUUUUGAUAAAUCAGAAGACGAUAGACCGUGGAUUUAA